AUGAAGGGAAAACCAGCUGCCCGGCUCAGACCUUACGUCCUGCAGAAGACACUCCUGGGCAUGACCCCACGGGAUCUCAGCGAGGACGUCUCAAACAUGAAGCACCAGUCACCGGGCCUGCACGGAGACUCUAUGGACAGUGAGAAACUCACAACCAAGGACCCACUAAGCAGAGACGAGAUGGAAAACCCACCAGAAAGAGUCUCCUGCCUACCCCUCCCCCCUCUCACCAGCUCCUCCCCAGAUGUCAGGCUGGACAGAAAGAGCUCCAGUCCCUCGACCUGCUGGCCCUGGCUUCCUCCAACCAUCAUCUCCAAGCAACUCCCGGUCUACAUCUGCCCAAUCUUUCCCGAGUACCCAGUUUUCCUGCCUCCCCCUUACCUAUUCACAUAUGGGGCCCUACCUUCAGCCCAAUGUCCGUACCUCUUCAUGCUGCCCCCAGACACCUCAUACCCCAUAGUGGCUGCAUCCAGCUUGCCUAUGACAGCCGAUGGAACUGGGCCCCAUAUCACCCAGGAGAAGCCCCUGCUGCUCUACUCAGGGGAUUUCCAGAGUGCUGGACACAGCCUAUACCCCCAGGUCAGGAGCCGGAGCUCUAGAGAUGCUUCAGCCUUCUCCCCAGGACGGGCUGGCGUGGCAGCUCCUGCAAAGCGGCCAGGCUCCCAGGCCGGUGUCGUAACCCUGCCCUACCCUCUGAAGAAAAAGAAUGGGAAAAUCCUAUACGAGUGCAAUGUGUGUGGCAAGAAUUUUGGGCAGCUCUCCAACCUCAAGGUCCACCUGCGUGUGCACAGUGGAGAGCGUCCAUUUCAGUGUGCCCUGUGUCAGAAGAGCUUCACCCAGCUGGCCCACCUACAGAAGCACCACCUGGUGCACACCGGGGAGCGGCCCCACCAGUGCCGGAUAUGCCACAAACGCUUCAGCAGCUCCAGCAACCUGAAGACCCACCUCCGCCUGCAUUCAGGUGCCCAACCCCUUCAGUGCAACGUCUGUUCCAGCGGCUUCGGCCCUUGUGUCCAUCUGAAGUUGCACCAUAGGCUGCAGGCUCCUCAGCCCUGUAGCCUGGCCCACCCCCACCUGCCCCUCACCCCUCUCACCUGUCUUGCCCAGUGGCACCGAGGAGCACUAGCUCUUGUGGAGGACUCAUCGGAGAAGAUGGGCUGGGAUGUGGACAAGCUCAAGGUGUCUUCAGUGUCCCCAGGAAAGCAAGGGUAG